AUGCCCACUAUCGGGCUCGGAGUGUACCAGAACAUCCAAUGUGCGCAGGCUGUCACGGCUGCACUCAAGCAUGGCUACACUCACGUCGACUCCGCUCGUCUAUACAAGAACGAGACGCAGGUCGGCGUGGGCAUCAAGGCUGCAGGCGCCGAUCGCUCGAAGCUCUUCAUCAGUAAGUCAUUCGUUGAUUCUCUCCAGAACCUCAAGUACGGCUUGGAGGGCACGCGGGAGCCGCUAGGCUCGUCAGACUACUACGACCUCUACCUUCUGCACAGUCCGCACGGCGGCAAGGAGCUGCGACUUAAAGCCUACAGAGGCUUAUUGGAGGCGAAGAAGAAGGGUCUGGUUCGGACUGUCGGCGUCUCUAACUACGGCCCGAAACAUAUCGAGGAAAUCCGCGAGGCAGGUCUGGAGCUCCCGGCCGUGAACCAAGUUGAGCUGCACCCCCUCGACCAGCAGAAACCGAUCGCGGAGUACUGCAAGAAGCACAACAUCCUCGUUCAGGCGUACACCCCUCUUCUCCGGUUUAACUUCUCCGGGGACAAGGACGGUGUGAUCCAGAGCGUCGCUGACAAGAUCCAAAAAAGCGUCGCCCAAGUCUUGGUGCGGUGGUCCCUCCAGCACGGCUUCGUCCCGCUCCCCAAAUCGGAGCACGAGGAGCGCAUCAAGGCGAACGCGCAGGUGUACGGAUGGGCGAUCCCCGCGGAGGAGAUGGCGCGGCUGGACGCGCUCGACAAGGGCGACGACGGGGCGGUCACUUGGAACCCUAUCCACAUGGAUUGA